GUGUCAUAAGCCUCAUUUUUGUUACAGGAGACCCCCGUGGCUACUCCUCUAGAAAUUGUCGGUCCCAGGCCAGGAGACCUCUAGAGUCAUGGAGACCCCACUGCCUAUCUUCCUCCUUUCAAUUUUCAUCACUACAGGGGCCUCUCUGGAAUGUGAGAUUUGUGAGGGCCUUGGGCACUCUUGCAGUGGGCCUACGAACAAAUGCCCCCCUGGUUUCGACAGAUGUGCCAUUAUGCUGUCAGAGACUACAGUGGGAGCAAAGUUGAAGGCCAUUGUGAAGAGUUGUGUGCCAUCCAGUGCCUGCAACGAUGGCGUCACCAUCAUCAAUAUGGGCCAGACAGGAAGAGUAAAGACCCAAGUUUUCUGCUGUGUGGGGGACGAGUGCAGAACGAUGACCCCCACCUUGGCGCCCACAAAGACAAAGACAAAUGGCAAAGUUUGCCCGGCCUGCUAUGCUGUGCACAGUCUUGAGUGUGAGGAGGAGGAAGAGGUCAAAUGUUCUGGGGAUGAGAACUAUUGCCUUGACUUGUCUGGGACUACAACAGCAGGAGCCUUAGUUGUUACAACCAUCAUGAAGGGCUGUACGAACUCUGCAACCUGUCAGGAACUGAACAAACAUUCCGGCUCUUUCUCUGGAAUCAGUGUUGUCGCCUUAAGCAAUUGCAAGCCAGCUAACAGCUCCGGAGGCCACGGGGUCGUUCCAGGAUCAUUUGGACUAUUUUUUGCAACCCUUGCUGGCCUCUUGUCUGUAGUGCACCUUCCAUGAUUUUGCCCCCUGGGACAGAGGCUGGGCUGUUGUGACCCUCGCUUGGGGCUCUUGGAACCUAUGCAGACUGUAGGCUUUUCAGAGAAGACAGAACCUUCAGCCUACACUAGAGAUGGGGAGUCACACUUGCGAGGACCAAAUGUCUCUCUCUAUAUCAGCCUUGGGACU